CCAAUGUAAUCUAUGUGAUGAUGAAUUUAAAUCUGACAUUGAUUUAGAAAAACACUGUGAAAUACAUGUUAAAGAUGAGAACAUGGAACAGAUUUCACAAAAUAAUGAGACACAUUCUCAGAGACCAACAGACAUAAAGACACCUGAAAAAAGUUAUAAAUGUGAUGUUUGUAAUAAAUCAUUCACUGAUUUAAAAAAACACUAUGACUAUGUUUUUCAGCAAGGACAAACAGGAAUACAGGCUUAUAAAUGUGGUUUUUGUGGUAAAUCAUUCGCCUCGAAAGGUAAUCUAAAGAACCAUGUCAGGAAUCACACAGGUGAAAAACCUUAUAAAUGUGAUGUUUGUAGUAAAUCAUUCACCUUAAGAAGUACUCUACAAACACACAUGAGAAUUCAUACUGGUGAAAAACCAUAUCAGUGUGAUGUUUGUGGUAAAUCAUUUUGUCAGAAAAGUAAUUUGCAGCACCACAUGAGAAUUCACACUAGAGAAAAACCUUAUAAAUGUGAUGUUUGUGGAAAAUCAUUUAGUCAGGGUUCAACUCUACAGAUACACAUGAACACUCAUUCCGGAAAAAAACCAUAUAAAUGUGAUGUUUGUAGUAAAUCAUUUAAUCAGACUGGUCAUCUACAGGGACACAUGAGAAUUCAUUCCGGUGAAAAACCUUAUAAAUGUGAUGUUUGUAGUAAAUCAUUCUCACAGAGGAGUAGUCUACAAACACACCUGAGAAUUCAUACAGGUGAAAAGCCUUAUAAUUGUGAUGUUUGUAGUGAAUCAUUCAAAAAUAGACGUCAUCUCCAGAACCACAUAAGACUUCAUACUGGUGAAAAACCUUAUAAAUGUGAUGUUUGUGAUAAAUCAUUCAGAGAAAAACGUUGUCUACAGCAACACACCAGAAUUCAUACAAAAAAAACUAUUAAAUUGUGAUGUUUGUAGUAAAUCAUUCAGCCAGAUUAAGAAUUUGCAAAGGCACAUGAGAAUUCAUACAGGAGGAAAAACCAUAUAAUUGUGAUAUUUGUAGUAAAUCCUUUACAGAAAUGUGUCCUCUACAGAACCACAUGAGAAUUCAUACUGCAGAAAAACAUUUUGGAUGUCAUGUUUGUGGUAAAUCAUUUACUGAUAGUUGUGGUCUUUACCAACACAGGAAAACUCAUAUUGGAGUAAAAACCUUAUAAAUGUGAUGUUUGUGAUAAAUCGUUUACUACCAAGAGGAAUUUGCAGCAACACUUGAAAAUUCAUACUACAGUGUAGGCCUAACCAGCGUAGCAAACAUGAAGACAAAAACAUUUAUUGUACCGUAUUUUUCGGUGUAUUAGGCACACUUUUUUUACCAAAUAUUUUAUUUUCUAGAAGGGGUGCGUCUAAUACAUAGUAUUAAGCAAAUCUUGGCUUUUCUGUGUGUCAACAUCGAGGUCUGAAGUUGAUGAUAUAUCGAUAACAUUUUUCAUGCAAUAAAGAUGACGGCUAUUUCACAUACCGCUAUUCCGUAUACAGUUAGUCAUA